CUUUCCCCGCACUGUGCCUCGGAUAUACUCACGAGCGUCCUGCUCUCGGGCAUCGUCUGCCAACAACUGUCAUCAUCGUGAAAUGACGCCUCCAAUUCUUUCCUUUGGGCCGCUGACGAAUGUGCCAGAUGGAUCCCAGAUUGUUAUGGACGCUUCAAUCUUUAUGGAUAUUGUGAUCCAGUCAAAAAGAAGUGAAUGGUUAACUGACACCUUUAUCAUCCCGUUAUACGCUGCAAUCGCCUCUGCCGUCAUUCUCUUACUGCAGAUCGUCUUCUCCUCGCGAAGAGUAAAGCGACUCUUCUGGAUGUCUAAAGACGCCCCUGUAGUCACAGAUGAGGAGCCUCAAGAAGCAGAAGCUGUCAUUCAACCAGCAGGAUAUUUCCAGGACUUGAAGGAACACAUCUCGCAGAAUGGAGGCGCAAAGAUAUUCACCUAUCGCGUUCUGAGGCUAGCUGGAUGUCUUGUAUUGUUGGUGCUCUCCAUUGCAACCCUAGUUCUUGACGUCGAGGAGAACGAAUUAGAAACCUCGGGUAAGUGGGGUAAGAAGCACAAGAAAAAGCCCCGUGGUGAUAGGUGGCUUAAGCCAAAAGAGUGGCUCGCGGCAAGUCUGUGCCUGACCUUCCUGUAUGCGUUCCUAUUGGCCAUCAUCUCUGUUACUGCGAGGAGAAAGUGGAGUCAUAUUGCGACAAAGCACUUGAAUGCCGUUCUGGUUGUCACUGCAGGUGUAUACGUUUACCGCGAUAUUGCGCCAUUGGCUACAUUCACUAACAUCCCACGGGACGCAUCUGAGGGAUGGAUUCUGUGGACUAAGAUCGCUGUGCUUCUGUUCACUGGAAUUGUGGUCCCCUUGUUUAUCCCGAGGGAAUAUAUCCCCGUUAAUCCCAAUGAUCCAUUCCCGAUACCCCAUCCUGAGCAGACGACUCCUCUCAUCUCAUUGAUCUUGUACUUCUGGAUGGAUCCUGUCGUCAAGGCGGCUUAUCGUGUGGCCCAUUUACCGUAUGACCAACUCCCGCCUCUCGCGGACUACGACGCGUCCAAAACUCUCAAGGCCCGUUCAUUCAAGUAUUUGGAUAUUUUCACUGGGGCCAAGAAGCGCCAUUUGUUUUUCGGUUUAAUGCGUAUCUUCGCUUGGGAUUAUGUCGCUUUGGUUGCUAUUAUGAUCGUCCAACUGAGUGCUGAAUUCGCCGCACCCAUCGGCAUCAAUCGUCUAUUACACUACCUUGAGACCGGAGGAAAGGAUUCACUAUACCGUCCGUGGCUAUGGAUCGUUUGGUUGUUUGUAGGACCUAUAACAACAUCAAUAUCCUUCGAUUGGUAUAUUUUUAUUGCCACUCGGUGUCUCGUUCGUUGCGAAGGUAUCGUAACACAGCUUGUCUUCGAGCACGCGCUUCGUAUUCGCAUGAAGGCCGAGACUCGUAGUUCGCCAACUUCAUCUCAACCUGCAAGCGAUGUAUCAACGCCAUCCCCAAUAGAUUCAAUGGCUCACGUGGCUGAAAGUUCGAGCGACACCGACGCGACCUUGCAUUCACGCAGUCCCACCGAAGCUGACGCAGAUCAUUCGAGAGAGGAAACUUUACAAGGAGGCUCGCCCAGUAUCAAAUCGACAGAUGAUGCGACAGAAUCGACAUCGAAACCUUCAAAAGACUCAUCUUCAAGUGCCGAUGAUGAGGCGAAGAAUCUUGUCGGGAAGAUCAACAACCUGGUUACUACUGAUCUAGCGAACAUUGCUGACAGUCGAGACUUCAUACGCUUACUUAUUUUUGUUCCGCUGCAACUUAUCUUGUGUGUGGUAUUCUUGUACGUAAUUCUGGGUUGGAGUGCAUUUGUCGGUCUGGCUGUCAUUAUUCUGAUGUUCCCUGCACCCGGAUUCCUUGCCAAGCUUACGCAGGACGUCCAAGCGGCCACACUGAAGAAAACAGACGCGCGGGUCCAGGCCGUUACGGAAAUCGUCAAUGUUCUCCGUAUGGUCAAAUUGUUUGGUUGGGAACGCAAGAUGAAUGAACGCAUUUCGAGCAAAAGGGAGGAAGAGCUUGUGUGGAUUAGGAGAAGACAACUUCUUGACCUAUUGAGUGGUCUCAUAAACUUCCUUAUCCCCGUGUUAACGAUGAUGGCGACUUACGCUACUUAUUCCGCGAAGGUUUUCUCCAGCAUGGCUAUAUUCGAUAUGUUCUCGGGCCAACUGCAUAGGUUACUCUACACUGUCACUAUGAGCGCAGCCGGAAAAGUCUCUCUGGAUCGAUUAACAGAUUUCAUGCAUAAUACCGAACUGCUUGACAACUACUCCGCCAAAACAUCCGAUACACCAAUUAUUCCCACCGAAAUCCCAACAAACGACGUUAUCGGCUUCUGUAAAGCGGCAUUCUCCUGGUCGAAUGACGUUAAUGGCUCUGCUACCCCUUCCGGGCGACAGUUCCUCCUACGUAUUGAAGAGGAGCUGGCUUUCCACAAGAACUGCAUCAAUCUCGUCAUUGGACCUACUGGGUCCGGGAAGACUUCGCUGCUUAUGGCGCUACUUGGCGAAAUGCAUUAUAUCCCUUCAGGUCCUGGUUCGUGGUUUAAUCUGCCGUGUGAAGGAGGCGUAGCGUACGCGGCACAAGAAUCUUGGGUCCUCAAUUCGACCAUCAAGGAAAACAUUCUUUUCGGCGCCGAGUUUGAUGAGCAGCGCUACAAGAAAGUUAUUCGUCAAUGCGGUUUGGAGCGAGACUUGACCCUGUUCGACGCGGGUGAUCAAACCGAGGUAGGAGAAAAAGGACUUACGCUGAGUGGCGGACAGAAGGCGCGAGUGACUCUUGCCAGAGCGGUCUAUUCCAAGGCAGAUAUCAUCCUUUUGGAUGAUGUGUUGGCUGCUCUUGAUGUCCAUACGUCGAAGUGGAUUAUUGACAAAUGCUUCAAGGGCGACUUGAUCAAAGACAGAACUGUCAUCUUAGUGACGCACAAUAUCGCUAUGGCUGAGCCAAUAGCCCAAUUCGUCGUAUCAUUGAAAGAUGGACGUGUUGCGAGUCAAGGAUCGCUUUCAAGUGCGCUGUCUCAUGACCGAGUCCUUGCCAAGGAGGCACAACAAGAUGAAGAGGCGCUGCAUAAAGUUGAUGAAGAGAUCGAUGCCGAGGACGCAGAAGAAGACGCCGGAGGAGACCCCGUCAAGGACAAGAAGUCCGACGGUAAACUGAUCGUGGCUGAAGAGAUUCAAGAGGGACAUAUCAGCUGGCCAUCGCUCAAACUCUAUCUUACUGCUUUGGGGGGCAAUCAUACGAUGCUAUUCUUUGUAAUAUUCGUUGGCUCGUAUAUCAUGCAAGAAGUUCUGAUCACGGCCCAAACGUGGUUCCUGGGCUACUGGGCGUCACAGUACGACGGAGACCGUGAUCCGUCAGAGGUUAAUGUAUUCUACUACAUCGGUGUCUAUGGUUUGCUUCUGCUAUGCACGUUCCUAUUUUAUAUCGUUGCCUAUGUUGUGUUCGUUUUCGGUGCUGUCCGGGCAUCUCGGACAAUAAACCAGAAGCUGAUCGAGUCAAUCCUGGGGACGACAUUGCGAUGGCUGGACACUACGCCGACCUCGCGGAUUAUUACUAGAUGCACACAGGACAUCCGAGCUGUUGAUAACCCGGUUGCCGGGCUCUUGUUUGCUGUUUCCGAAUUGACCUUGGCAAUGCUGAUUAAAUUUGCCGCAAUUGUGGCGUUCACUCCCAUAUUCUUAUUCCCCGGUAUCCUUGUAGCUAUUCUAGGCGCAUGGUGCGGCCAGGUUUAUAUCAAAGCUCAGCUCUCUGUGAAGCGAGAAAUGUCGAAUGCUAAGGCGCCUGUUUUGGGACACUUUGGGGCGGCUAUUGCUGGCAUAACAUCUAUCCGUGCUUAUGGCGCUCAAAAUGCGUUCAUCCAAGAAUCUAUGUCGCGAAUCGAUAGAUACACGAGGACUGCCAGAACAUUUUAUAACCUUAACCGAUGGAUCGAUAUUCGAAUUGAUGCACUUGGCGGGCUGUUUUCGGCGUGUCUGGCAGCAUAUCUAGUCUAUUUCCAAGACACCGAGGCUUUCAACAUUGGUUUCUCUUUAAAUAUGGCAAUAGGUGUUAGUGGUAUGAUACUCUGGUGGGUUCGUUGUGUGAAUCAGUUUGAAGUUCAGGGUAAGUUUCUGGAGCGUAUACAGGGCUAUCUCAGUGUAGAACAAGAAGAGAAAUCCUCCAAGGAUCGGGAACCUCCCGCAUAUUGGCCAACCAGUGGAGAGCUCCGCGUGGAAAAUUUGUCAGCAAGAUAUUCUCCUGAUGGUCCAAAGGUCCUGCAUGAUCUGUCGUUCACCGUCAAGUCAGGAGAACGCAUCGGAAUAGUUGGACGCACUGGGUCUGGGAAGAGCUCUUUAACGUUGUCCUUACUUCGCUGCAUCUACACCGAGGGCACGGUUUACUACGAUGGUGUUCCGACAACGGCCGUCAAUCUUGACACCCUGAGGUCGAAGAUAACCAUCAUUCCACAAGUGCCUGAGCUCUUGAGCGGAACCUUGCGACAGAAUCUGGAUCCUUUCGACCAAUACGAUGAUGCCACAUUGAACGACGCCCUUCGCGCAGCUGGCCUUUUCUCUCUGCAAAAUGAAAUGGAAGAAGGCCGUAUAACAUUGGACAGUACGAUCGCUAGCGGAGGUGGCAACCUAUCUGUGGGUCAACGGCAAAUCUUGGCGCUAGCGCGAGCAUUGGUCCGGGGAAGUAAGCUGCUCAUACUUGACGAAGACUACAAAACUGAUUCGAUCAUCCAGUCUUCGCUAAGGAAUGAAGUUAGCUCGGACAUGACGCUGAUUACCGUCGCACAUCGUCUACAAACGAUCAUGGACGCCGAUAAGAUUAUGGUCCUAGAAGCCGGCCACAUCGUGGAGUUUGAUUCGCCCAAGAAUCUACUAGCCAACCCGAACGGCAAGCUGAAGUCCCUAGUGAACGAGUCCGCUGACAAGGACAUCUUGAACGCUAUGGCGGAGCAACGUAAGUAGUCAUAGAAUGUAUGCUCCAUUCAUUUAGACAGUAUCUGCGAGUGCAUUUGUAUGUUGAGCUCUGAAUCGUUGAGAAUAGAUGUAAGCAGUAACGAGUGUGGUGCUUUUGUUUUGAAUGAGGUAUGGUUCGUUGUAGGUAUGAAGGUAUGAAUAAGCAUCAUGAUCAGUGGU